AUGGUCAAGCCUAUCCGCAACGCCUCGGGGCCCAACGCGCUGACGUACAAUGCCGCAACGGGCGAGAUUACGUACUCGUCCUCGAGCGAAGAGACCAAGGAGAAUAUCAAAUUAUUCGAUCGCGAUGCAUCACCACUGAUAGCAAAGCUGGUUGUCAAGGAGUUCAACUUUAAGAAUAAGAACAAGUCGACCAGGGAAACGACGACGACACCAUGA